CUUUUAUCUGCUUGGCAGAGUAGAGCACACUGUCCUACAUCUGUCUUGGGAGAGGGAAGGAAUUACUUGGCCUUGCACCGUACAGACAGCCUGCCUGCGAACCUCCGACUAGCCUGACUUUCUCCCGAGCCUCUAUGGAGCCCUGGGUUCUGUUCUCUCUAUCGCUCCUGGUCUACCUGUAUUUGGAGGUGUCUGGAGCUGAAGAUGGGGCCCAGGACCAGAGAGUGCUGGCUGGCCAGGGGAGGAGGAGGAGAGGGCCAGGGGAACCAGGGGGCCCGGAGUUCAACCAGCGCCAGCGAGGAGAGCUAGAAUGGGGGAAGAGGAGGAAGGCAGGAGGGCCUGGGCAGGGGAGAGCCAGGGGGAACAGGGACAAUCAGCGAUCUCAAACCCCCCUGGGUCUGACGAGGCUGGGGAGCCUUCCGGCCAACGCCGGAGGAGACGAUGGAGUGUCUAUUUUCAUUGAGUCAUACAAGAGUGUUGACGAGAGACAGUCUAACUACAAUGUCAUCCCGGGUAAAAAGGGCCAGUGUGUAUACCAGGGCAUCACCAUGUUUGAGCAGGCCGUCUGGUCCCCCAAGCCGUGUGUUACCUGUCUGUGUAGCGGAGGGCAGGUGCUGUGUGACGAGGUCACAUGUCCUCGUCAACGAUGUCACUUCCCCUACACCCCCUCUGGCGAGUGCUGCCCUGUCUGCAUGGACACAGCUUCCCAUGGUGAUGUCCUUGACUUCUCUGGCGAUUCCCCAGUAGCCUACGACCCUGACUCUGUGACCCCUGACCUUGACCCAAUCCUUGACCCCGUGGUGACCCGCACCAAGGCCGAGAUUGAGCUCCUGAAUAGAGAGGAGGAGGAGCGUCUCCUCAAGAAGGAAAAGAGGAGAAAGAAACAGAAGGAGGAGGCGGAGAGACAGCGGAGGCGGCAGGAGGAGAGGAGGCAGGAGGAGGCAAGGAGACUCAAGGAGGAGGUGGCCAUGAAGGAGCGGGAGAGGAAGCUGGAGGAGGAGAGGAGAAGACAUGAGGAGGAGCUGAAGGAGAAACUGAGGGAACUAGCAGAGCUGGAAGAGGAAGAAGAGGAGGAGGAGGAAGAGGAGGAGAUGGAGUGGCUGCUGAGAGGAGAUGUUUUCCAAAUGUUUCCAGAUGAGCCGACCGAAGAGGACCUCCUUCCUCCUCCCCUAGCCACGCCCACUGACAGAGAAGAGGAGAAUGGGAAAGGAGUGGUGGUACGUAGACCUGGGAUCACCCUCCCGCUGGGUUGUGAUAUCUCUGAUGUCACUGUGACGUGUGAGAACGCUAAACUGACCAACUUCCCUCCUCUCAACAUCCCUGAGCUCAAGUCCCUAAGUCUGGAGGGUAACUCCAUCACAACCAUCCCAGUGGGGGCGUUCAAUGGCAUCCCCAACCUGGAGUCCAUCAACCUGGGAAAGAAUAAGUUGACAACUGCUGGCAUCGCCCCACACACCUUCAAAGGCCUGAAGUUCCUGAGCCGUCUUUACCUGGACAACAACCUCCUAGAGACGGUCCUACCAGACUUCCCAUCAACACUACAGGAGCUGAAGAUCAACGAGAAUCACCUCAAAGGGAUCGAAGAGAACAGCUUCCAAGGUCUGAGCGACCUGUUGACCUUGGAGUUGGAGGGGAAUCUCCUGAGUGAAGGGAACGUUGAUCCUCUAGCUUUCAGACCUCUCUCCCAGCUCUCCUACCUCCGUCUGGGCAGAAACCACUUCAGGACCGUCCCCCAGGGCCUGCCCCCAUCUCUACUGGAGAUUUAUCUUGAGAACAACCUGAUAGAGGAGAUAUCUGACUCUGUCUUCAACCAAACCACUAACCUGAACGUGAUCUCUCUGAGACACAACAGACUGGAGGAGUCCAGGAUUGCACCUCUAGCAUGGAUCAGUCACAAGAACCUGGAGUCCAUUGACCUGGCCUACAACCGUCUGUACCUGGUCCCAUCCUACCUGCCCAGAGCUCUAGUUCACCUGGUCUUGGUAGGGAACCAGAUCGAGAGGAUCCCAGGGUUUGUGUUUGCCCACAUGGAGCCGGGCAUAGAGUACCUGUACCUGUCCUACAACAAGCUGGAUGGGGAGGGAGUAGAGCCACAGUCCUUCUUGGGCACCUAUACCUCCAUGACAGAGCUGUGUUUAGACCACAACCAGCUGGAUACGGUUCCCCCUGGUAUCAACCAGAUGAGCACCCUGCACUUCCUACGCCUCAAUAACAACAAAAUUAGGACGUUUGCAGAGGACGCUAUCUGUGACCCCCAGAACGACGAAGACGCUAACAUAUUGACGCUGCGUCUGGAGAACAACUACAUCGACCCCAGGAAGAUCUCAUCCACCGCCUUCUCCUGCGUACGGUCCUACUCCAGCAUCGUCUUGAAACCUCAGUGGACCAAGUAACAUGCCUCUGACAUUGUGGCUGAAUUCCAAACAGACCCCUUAGCCCUUUCUCUUUAGGCACUCCUGUAGAUCUGAAAGGUGGAAACAAUAUGGCUACAUUUUCCACACAGCCAAUCGGAAGGCAAGAUCAAGUAAUUACCAUAUUGGUUCAGCCAAUCACAAAGGAAGAAGAAGAAUAAAUGACGAUGAUCCUCUCAGAUCAACAGGAAGUCCACGUGGAAUUCAGCCGGUGUAUUCUGUCUGUUAUUCUAGUAAAAAAACAAAGAAACUGUCAAUGGCCGUGUCCCGAAAUCUGUCAAGUACGGAUUGUUACAGUAUAUCAGGAAAAUGUCACUAAAAUCACCAUCACCAGCCUCCGACUGUGUCUCAAUAUUACUGAGUGAUGCUUACAACCUGCUACAUGUUAAUAUACUGUCAAGUAAAAGGUCUGAGGGAAACAUUCUGCUAUGUAAACGCACUUUAUGUACCUUCCAUUUCUUAUUCAUCUUUAUUAUUAAACUGUUUUA